AUGGACGAUUCGGGCGACGAUUUGGCGGCUCGAGGGCCCAGACGAGUAUCAACCGCCCCGAUGCCUACACGAGGUCCCAUGGAACCAGAAACCCCCGACUCAGAUCUUGUCGAAACACUCUACAGUCAUCCAAAUGUCAAGAUAAUUUCCUUUACGGCCACUGGUCGAGCCUAUGCGAGGAGUCCUGGAGGGCCGGCCUUGAGCAAUGUUGAUCCACCAAGUUCUUUAUCAUGGUCCUCACAGCUCGAGAGAACCAUCGCUGUAGGACCCUUUCGCAUAUAUCGAGCCCCAAGAUCGGUAGCCUUCUUGAGCUGCGGUUCUGCACUGCAACCAAUUCUACGGAAAAGCCAGUGCUGGUGUAUAGACGAGGUCAAUAAGCUUCCGGUCGAUGACCCCGAAGAUCAGCAGCGAGCGGAAGAACUGAGAGAAGUGUUGGACAAAAUUCUGCAAUUCGAAAAGACGGAAUGCCCUUUCAAGCGCACCUUUACUGUCGAUUUGCCAGAGCAGGUUCCCGUCACAAUCCUGCCCUGGACGCCGCGCGCACAACCUAUGACUCCUUCUGAGGAGGCAACACCAGCAUCCUCUACGGACUCACGAAGACAUCCCAGAGAUAUACCAACUAGCCCGAUACCGACCAGACCCGAAAGCGCGGCUUCUAGCGUUGUGCCUUCCAACAUAUCUCUUUAUGAGGAAUAUGGAAUGAACCUUGACCCUCUGCAACCGUUAGGUACAGGGAAUGCCGGCACUGGGCCCUUGGAGGCUGUCCCCGAACGUCCAAGUGAACAAGGCUCUCCAGAUAUGCUAGAGUCUCACGAUAGGUCAUCUGUACUCUCUUCCAGCCCCACGGAAGAUGAUUCCUCCGUAUAUCAACUUCACGAAGGCUCCGGAAAUCGAGGUGGCAAUAUGAAGGCCAGACUACGACGACGAACUGGGAAUUUCACAACAAGAUCUGCCACGAUGCCACCACAUACGAUGUCAACACUUGAUGAGUCUACACCGUCAGCUUCCACUUCAAGGGAGCCUCUCUCAAGAAGUGUGUCGGAAACAACAAGAAAGCCGACUGGCCGUACUGCAGAUACCACCUCUUCUCCCCAGAAAAAGAAUAAAGGGGAUGUGAAGGCCUCCCAGUCGCCACAGCAAAAGGUCAAUGCUCAACAACCGCGAUUACUACGUAGAGAUAGCGAGGAAUCUUUCCAUAGUGUUGAGUCAUGGCAUUCGUCUGGAGCUCCACAGCAUCCCUCGCCUCCUACUUCCCAAGCAGAAUCUUCUAUGGAGGCAAAUAAUGACCCGGGGAGUUCUCCCAUGCCAUGCGCAUGGGAGUCCGACUCUGAUGACGAUAGCAAAACAUCCGACGAAAGCUCAUCGUCGGAUGCGGAUUCAGUGAGAGAGCUCAAAAAUGAUGCCUUCCCCAAACUUGACGCCAUCCCGUCGACAACAACUACGACCACACCACAGCGGCCAUUCGUUCCACGCCAUAGAGCGACGACCGGUAGUAUCUCUGUAAGGCGACGCGCCCUAUCACCUCUGCCACCAGCAGCCAACCUCUUCACACCUGCUUCAACCAUGGAACGGAGACCAUACAGGAGUAAGUUGGAGACGGUUAAGAACCUUCCAAUGGCUAUCAUUGCCAAGACCUACGAGAUGAUCUUGGGUCCUCCCAGCUCUCUCAUCCGGCUAAUCCUCAAGGUGGCAGCUAAGAUUGCUUCUGGACAAUGGCGAGGUCUCGUGUAUGGGUAUGGAGAGGAUGGCGAAGAAAUACCGGUGCAGUGGGAUUACUCUGAGGGAGAAUUCAGCGACUGGAGUGAUGAUGAACAUGAUCGGCAUGAUCGCGGUCAUAAACAAGGGAAGCGAGAGCAUUGGCAUAGCAGACACCGCAGCAAUGCUCAAGAUAUGACAGCAGAGGAUGAGAUGCGCAGGCGACCCUCGUCCUCUGACGAUAGCCGAAGCUGGGGUGUUGAUUGA